AUGUUGCACGCUUAUCUAUUAUUAUUACUAUUAGCAAAUGCCAAACCAUUUCUACUUCCAUCUGGUAACAGAUGUAAUUGCCCACAAACACCAGCUUGCCCAUCUGUUGCAGAAUGUCCCUCUGUACCACCACCGUGUCCCGUCAAUCCUCCAUGCUUUGCUAGAGGCGAAAAGACUUAUCACCCGAACGAUGGCGCUGCCUCUGCAAUGAGAUUUAUAAAUGAUGUGAAUACUGCCGAGAACUUUGAUGGCGAUUUUGAGAUGGACAGAGAUCUGGCAAAGUUGUCUCAAGAUAAUGAGUUAAAUAAUCUUGACGAAGAUGAUUCUGAUCUGCUUGCGGCUAAAUAUGGCCGAACCUACCGAUUAGUCAAACGCAGCAGCGAAACAACAUCGCCUGAAUCAGUUCUCCCAACAGCUUCCGAUAUAACUAAUAGUAAUAGUAAAAUCAAUCAAAACACCAAAUGCAACAGCCCGCUUCUCAAACAAAUUAUGCUUGAAGUAAACGUUUUCACUUAUUGUUAA